UGAUAACCACCCACUGAUAUUUUAUCAUUAUCUUAUCAGUGCUCAAUGGAUUGAAGUCUACAGCAAUUUUCGCUUGUUCUGUAUAUAUCUAUCGGCAACUGAACGUCAAGUAUUUCGCAAAUAAAAAAACUACAUACUUUGUGGAUUAACAAUAUGCGAUAGUCACGGAUUUAAAUCGUUUGUACCAGUCUUGUUGUGGUAUCAUGUACACGUAUAACUAUUCAAUUAAUAUUCCAAAAAAAAUUCAAUUCAAUCACAUUGUUAUGUGUUGAGAAGCUAGUUCCAUAUUGUUUGAAGGUCCUUACAAUCACUACGCAAAAUGAAGUCGCCACGGACACUUCUAUUUGGCCUGCUUCUCGUUUUUAUCUCUUGUCGAGGGUUUCAUGGUAGCGUACACAAUCGAAAAUAUUUGUGCCCAAAGAUCUAUCCUUGGGUGUUUGUUGGUUACAGACCAAUGAGUAAAGAAAAUGCUGGAGUGUACAAUAAAAUGCCAAACGUUACAUUUGAUGGAUGUAUUGUCAAGUGUUGUGAAUCAGAUAAUUGUAAUGCUGUAUUUAUGCAUAAGAAUGAUUGUUUUACGGUGAUAUGUAAUACAAAUUAUGACUGUGGACCAGUAUAUGCUAAAGAACAAAUACCAAAUGUAGAAUUUAAGAUGAUUUUAGUUGCUCCAGUUCCUCCUACUAGUAAUUGGAAUGAUAUAGUAGAUAAUUCAUUGGAAUCCAAUGAUUCUAAAGAAGAUAAAAUAUACUCAUUGGAUAAAAUUUGUGAAUCAAAUAAUGACUGUACAGAAAAUGAAUUUUGUGAUUCUGUAAUUGGUAUAUGUAUUUGUGCUAAUGGUUUCCAACUAGACAACUCGAAACAAUAUUGUUUGUCAACUACUGGUAAUAUGGCAUCAGUAUUAAACAAUUCUGGUUAUGAUAUUACAGAUGUAGCAAAUUAUAUUUCCUCUGAACAACCACAACAGUUACAACAAUCUCAAUUGGACACUUUUAAAAAAGUAUUAGCUGAAAGUGAAUCCCAAAAACCACCUGAAAUCAAACAUUUAGUUGUUUCUGUCUUGUCAAAAACUUUACGACUUCCAGAAAAUGAAGCUACACUUUCUGCUUAUACUGUACCAGCAGAUGAUACUGGACAUAGUUAUCAGUAUGAAUGGUCUUUGAUUUCAAAAACUCAAGGAUCUGGACAGGCUGUAUCAAUGAAUGAUCAGAAUGGAAGCACAUUGAAACUUUCCCAUUUAGUUGAAGGUCUUUAUACUUUCAAGGUCACUGUUACGGGAACAGGAACUUUUGGAGAAACACAAGCUAAUGUUACAGUUCUACCACCACAAAGAAUUAAUACACCACCAAAAGCUGUAAUACUGCCAUCAUCUUUGGUAGUCAAGUUGCCCAACACAGUAGCAGUACUUGAUGGUUCUAGCAGUCUUGAUGAUACUGGUAUUGUCCAUUGGCGUUGGGAGUUACAAAAAGGUCAAUUAGGAUAUAGACCUCAUUUGCCCCCUGAUACUCCAACAUUACAAUUAAAUGAUCUUCAAAUUCCUGGAAACUACACAUUUAAGUUAACUGUUAUGGAUGCAUGGAAUGCAACUGACUCAACUACUGCUAAUAUAACUGUUAUGCGAGUACCUGACUAUCCACCAGAAGCAAAUGCUGGUCAAGAUAUGGUGGUUUAUUUACCAGUAAAAAAUGUGACUCUAAAUGGAAGUUUAAGUACAGAUGAUCAUGGUAUUGUUGCAUGGGAAUGGACAAAAAGUUCUUCAGAUCAAAACAAAGCUGUUGAUAUACAAGAUACUCGUACACCAUAUCCUCGGUUGUCUAAUCUAGAAGAAGGUUUGUAUACUUUUGUAUUGAGGGUUACUGAUAAUGCAAAUCAAACAUCAAGUCCAUCUGAAGUACAUGUCUUUGUCAAACCACCAACUAAUAAACCUCCUGUUGCAAUUGCUGGUAAAAAUUUGACAUUAUCACUUCCACAAACUUGGGCGUUACUUGAUGGCUCAAAAAGCAAUGAUGAUAUUGGAAUACAAAAAUGGAAAUGGUACCAAAUUAGUGGUCCAUCAAAUGUGCAUUUCAAUAAAGGUAAUGAGUCUAGAACAAAUGUUACUGAGUUAACUAAAGGCAUAUAUAUAAUUGGAUUAACUGUCACUGAUGGAAAUGGGAAUAAUGCAUCUGAUAUUGUUAAAUUGACAGUUUACCAAAAUAAAAAUACCCCACCAAAAGCUAAUGCUGGUGGAGAUAAGACUGUCAUAUUACCAGUGAGUGCUAUUAUUUUAAAUGGCUCAAUGUCAUGGGAUGACUUAGCUAUUGUAAAAUGGGACUGGACUCGCGAACCAAAUUCGUUAGCUGCUGGAAGAAUAAUUUUAAAUACAGAUCAUUCACCAGUUUUGAUUAUAACAAACAUAGUUGAAGGGAGAUAUGUGUUCCGUUUAAAAGUUAGUGAUGAUCAAGGAGCUUCAAGUGAAGAUACUGUUUCAGUUAAUGUAAAACCUGAUCCAAUUGCGAAGUCAAUUGUAAGUUUAACAUUAUAUAUCGAGGCAAGUCAUUUAAAACAAAAUCAAGCAGAUGAAGUAAUAUUAAAAUUAGGAAUGUUGUUACCUUCUGGUAGUCAAUUAAAAGUUAGACAAUGGACUGAAGAACAAAAUUCUAAAAGAGCACAGUUACAUUUUUUUGUCAAUGAUAAUAAAAAUAAAACACUUCCUGGACCUGAUGUAGUUUCUAUGUUAAAAGCUAAACUUAAACAAGAUUCAUCUCUUUUACAACUAUCAGUUGAUAAUAUUCAAACUACAGUCUGUCAAAAUAACUGUUCAGGACACGGAAUUUGCGAGGAAGAAACUCGUGUUUGUGUUUGUGAAGCAUUUUGGAUGCACAAUUUGUAUAGGACAUUAUUUGGAGAUGGUGAAUCUAAUUGUGAAUGGAGUAUUUUAUAUGUAGUCAUCAUAUUAGUUGCAAUGUUUGUUACAACAGUGUUUUGUUUUUGGAGUAUUGCUUGUUUCUGCAAUCGCAUUUGUUCAUCGAAACAAAAAAUAAAAAAAUAUAAGCUCGUUGGAGUUGAUGAAGAUAAUCACUCAAUGAAAACUUCAAUGACACAUUUAGAAUUAUCUGACACAGACUCAGAUUCAGAUGUGUUGUUAGAUGUGAGAAAAGCCAAAUUGAAUCAAAGCAACAACAAAUUUUUGAGUUCAUCUCGGUACAAGAAAAAUAAGAGGGUUAAUGCUUAAAAUUUGGAGUUUUGGAAACCAAACAAAAAUAUAAUCCUUAUUAUUCAUAUUUAAACAUCAUCAACGACAUUAUAUAAACUGCGUAAAGAGCUUUAUAAUUAUAAAAAACAAGAUAUUACAAUCUGGUUAAACUUUUAUAGCACAAAAGAACAUUUAUGAGUCAUGUUAAAAAAUCUGCUUGUUGAUGAACUGAUUAUAUUUUAAUACAUUUAUUUAUGAUAUUAUUUUAAUAUUAUAUUCUGAAGAAAAGCUUUAUAGCAUAUUAUUAAGUAUCUCAAUACCUGUAUACUAUACUUGUCUAGUCAUGCUUGUUUUGUUGUAUUGCAAGUUAUGUUGUGACAAUAAGUAACACGAUUUUCCUGAUUAUUAACUUAAA